UUCGGAAAAGAGAAGUCUCUGCUACAUAAUUGCUGCGUCUCGAGGAAGAUAUUUCACUUCGUAGCAAGUUGACUCGCUGAACUUCAAGAGAAAGAAAAGCAGUACUCCUGAAUAUACAAAGUGAAAUUAGAUCCGAGGAGAAGUUUUCUUACAGGAGCAAUUCAUUUUCAGUUGAUUGUUUUUUUUUCUUUAUUUUCAACUUAAUCUCAAACUUCUUGACCAUCUGUACUCUUAUCAUCAUGUCGUCUAAGUACAGCAUAUCUUUUCUUGCUCUUAUUUUGACACUCUUCUCUUGUUCGAAGGCAACGGAUGAAAAGGCUUCCCAUUUGAAAGGUGAUCCUAUCAACAUUUCUAUGUUACGGAAGAGGGGAGACGAAUCAGUGGUGGACGAUUUUUAUUCCAGACAACUUGUUUGUCGUGUUGAUAUGAUCGGGUUACGAGGAGAGUACUAUUUCAAUUCCAACCCAUCCGAUGCCGUUGAAGUCUGUGCAACCUACCUCUUGGGUGAAUCUAAUGAUCUCGUCGAAAUUGAGUUCACUGAAUUCAAUGUAGAUUGUGAUGAUCCAGCUAAUAUAGUGCAGUUUUUUGACGGUUGGACCAUGGGAGUCGGGCAAUUUCCAGGCGACGAUGACCACCCACUUCCAAUCACAGAAAGAGUUGUAAACGUAUGUGAUCAUAGGCAGAGAGUAUACAGAUCCCAUCAGAAUGGAGCGAUGAUCACAUUUAGACUCGGUCAACCAAACUCCAGUUUCAGAAUCGCAUUUAGGCUCAUUUAUAACCCAGAACCUUGUAACGUGAUAGCCCCUGAGCCAGUUGGUGCACAUACCAUGCGUAACUUCGGAUACGAGAGAAACUGUUCUUUCUCUAUCAUCUAUCCGACGGAUAUCACCAUCAUGGAGAUGUCUGUUGGUGGCCAGGAGAAUGAUGCCACUAGAUUGAGGUGCUACGAUGGCCUGGACUAUGUUGAAUUAAUGGAAGGGAACUCGCUGAAUAUGGAUACUAUGAGGAGUGAGACUAGCCUGUGUGGUCAGGUAGGAAACAUAGUGAGACAACGUGGUGAUGGUAACCCAUUGAAUCCUAUCAACCAGAUCGUACCUGGAUCUCCAUCGUGUGACGCAAGAUCUGUCAAAAUGCCUUUGAUGUGUCAUAAUUCGGUUGUUCGUCUUGUGUCAAGCAAUCAAUACGAGAACCAUGUCAGCUUUCGUUUCGAUCAGUUGUCUAUCACCAGGAGCGCAUGCCCACCAGAAGAUGGAGUUUAAAAACAUCGUUGUUGUUUUGUUUUUUUGGCAAAUCCAAAAUCAACCUCUAAAUCGUAAAGUCGUGCCCAAAUCUUUUGAUGCACAGAUGUGAUGAUAUUUACCUCAAGUUCAAGGCAAGCUCAUCGAAAAUGGUGUCAUUUAAAAAUAAGUUAUUUGAAACACCCUUUUGUAUCACAUAAUAAAAAAAAGAAUAUGCUACAGAGA